CUUUACCGUUGGUAAACCUUCUUUCAUAUCAAAAGUUUGUUCUGCUGUUGUCGGGUAAAAAACAGCGUACAAAAUGAAAUUCAACAAACUAGUGACUUCUUCGAGAAGCAAAAAUAGGAAAAGGCAUUUUACAGCUCCUUCUCACAUAAGGAGAACACUUAUGUCUGCACCUUUGUCUAAAGAACUUAGACAGAAGUAUAAUGUAAGCACCAUGCCUAUUCGUAAAGAUGACGAAGUACAAGUAGUGAGAGGUCACUACAAAGGCCAACAAGUAGGAAAAGUUGUACAAGUUUAUAGAAAGAAAUUCGUUAUUUACAUUGAGAGGAUUCAAAGAGAGAAGGCCAAUGGAGCUAGUGUAUAUGUAGGAAUCCACCCCUCAAAGGUUGUCAUUGUUAAAAUGAAAAUGGACAAAGACAGAAAGAAGAUCUUGGAUCGCAGAGGUAAAGGACGUUUGGCCGCUUUGGGCAAGGACAAAGGAAAGUACACUGAAGAAUCAGCUGCAUCUGCUGUAGAAACAUCUUAAGUGUUAACAUAAUUUUUAUUAAUAAAAUAUAAAAUUUGACAAAA